GGGUGGGGAGGAGGUUAAGUAAAGAUGUAGGUUAUUGUGAGAGGUUAAGGUGCGACCGCAGCAGCUUGACUACGGUCUCGUGCCCGUUCUCCGCCGCAUACGACAGCGCCGUCCAUCCGUACUUAUCCUUGGAGUCAGUGUCGACUCGAUCCGUCGCGAGCAGCAGCUUGACCACCGCCGAGUGCCCGUUCCCCGCCGCAUACGACAGCGCCGUCCGUCCGUACUAGCCCUUGGAGUCCGGCUCGACUCGAUCCGUCGCGAGCAGCAGCUUGACCACCGCCGAGUGCCCGUUCCCCGCCGCAUACGACAGUGCCGUCUGGCCGUACAUAUCCUUGGAGUUCACGUCGACUCUGUCCUCCGCAAGCAGCAGCUUGACCACCCCCUCAUGGCCGUUCUCUACUGCCCAGAACAGCGGGGUCCGACCCUUCGUUGGCGUCAAACUGAAUAUAUCCUUAGAGUUUGGGUUAACGCCAUCUUUCGCAAGCAGUAGCUUCACCACCCCUUCGUGCCCUUUUCCUGCGGCGCUUGACAGCGGCGUC